UUCCCUAACCUAUAACUCUAACUCUAAACCUAACCCGUAACCCUAAACCUUACCCUUAAAAUAACCCUUAUCCUAACCUGUAACCCUGAACCUAACCACUAAACCCUUUACCCUAAACCUUACCCUAACCUGUAACCCUGAACCUACCUGCUAACCCUUUACCCUAAACCUUAUCCUAACCUGUAACCCUGAACCUAACCACUAAACCCUUACCCUAAACCUUACCAUAACCUGUAACCCUGAACCUAACCACUAAACCCUUUACCCUAAACCUUACCCUAACCUGUAACCCUGAACCUACCCGCUAACCCUUUACCCUAAACCUUAUCCUAACCUGUAACCCUGAACCUUACCCUAACCUGUAACCCUGAACCUACCCGCUAACCCUUUACCCUAAACCUUACCAUAACCUGUAACCCUGAACCUAACCACUAAACCCUUUACCCUAAACCUUACCCUAACCUGUAACCCUGAACCUACCCGCUAACCCUUUACCCUAAACCUUAUCCUAACCUGUAACCCUGAACCUUACCCUAACCUGUAACCCUGAACCUACCCGCUAACCCUUUACCCUAAACCUUAUCCUAACCUGUAACCCUGAACCUAACCACUAAACCCUUACCCUAAACCUUACCCUAACCUGUAACCCUGAACCUAACCACUAACCCUUUACCCUAAACCUUACCCUAACCUGUAACCCUGAACCUUACCAUAACCUGUAACCCUGAACCUAACCACUAAACCCUUUACCCUAAACCUUACCCUAACCUGUAACCCUGAACCUAACCGCUAACCCUUUACCCUAAACCUUACCCUAACCUGUAACCCUGAACCUUACCCUAACCUGUAACCCUGAACCUACCCGCUAACCCUUUACCCUAAACCUUAUCCUAACCUGUAACCCUGAACCUAACCACUAAACCCUUACCCUAAACCCUACCCUAACCUGUAACCCUGAACCUAACCACUAAACCCUUGCCCUAAACCUUACCCUAACCUGUAACCCUGAACCUAACCCCUAAACCCUUACCCUAAACCCUACCCUAACCUGUAACCCUAACCCUAAUUUUAACCCUUACCCUAAACCCUACCCUAACCUGUAACCCUAACCCUAAUUUUAACCCUUACCCUAACCCUAAUUUUAAUCCUAACCGUAACCCUAAUCCUAAUCCAAACCCCUAAGCUUAAAAUAGCCGUUGUCCUCAUGGGGACGUAUGAAAUGGCCCCAGCAGAGAGCAUAUCUUCCUUGUUUUACCGUACAUGUGGGAACUUCUGAGGAUUUUAUGUCCCCACAAGGGUAGGAGAACCAAGCCGCCCACCUUACUGUGGUGUCAACAGGGAGUUCCUGUUUGUUGUUGUCACUAGUACCAACAGAGAUGUGAUCAUUCCCUGUAUGUUUUGAGGGGUGCUGACCGAAAAACUUAGUCAUUAUAUAUAAAACCAGCUAUUACAUUCCAGUCAUUCUCCUAUAGUUACACCACUACACAAGUUCAACUAAUCUUUUAUCCCUGCGUGAUAAAACGUUUUCUUGAUGACCAAAAAAAUGUAAAUGACCUCAAACGUCAUCGCUGAUUGGCUGAUCAGGGUUUGGGUUGGCGUUGACUGAAACACACAACUGACCUGUCUAACCACUCUUGGCUGUCUGUAAACUCUGAGGGCAAGCGGAGUACAGGUCACGCCUGUUAAACGCUGAUCUCUACGGUGUUCCGCUCCGGUGGGUCCACAACGGUUCUGUUUGGGGGAGUCAUAUGGUAAGAAGGACAUACCAUCGUCAGAACUGUCAUCUCCAAGAGCAGCUUCACCUUUUUUUGAGGGGGGGUGGAUUUAGGACUGUAUUUGAGUGGAUUACUUUCCCUUGAAAAGUGGAAGCUGUUGGAGAGUAAAGAAGACAAGCUGUUACAGAAGAGGGAGAGGUAAAGAGGUGUGAGAUAAUGGCGUCCGGAUCUUCUCUACCUGAAGACAGAUUCUCCUGUCCGAUCUGCUGUGACAUCUUCAAGGAUCCUGUCAUCCUGGCAUGUGGCCACAGCUUCUGUAAAGUCUGUCAGCAGGAAUACUGGGCAGAUAAGAAACCUUGGAAAUGUCCAGUUUGUAGGAGAAGAUUUCCCAUAGCUAUGACUCUACCUCCUCGUAACCUGGCGUUAAAUGACGCAUGUGAGGCCUUCUUACAGGAGAGAAGCCGGAGAGCUUCCACUGGGUCUGAGAUACAGGAGGAGAGUCAGAGAGCUUCAGCUGGGUCUGAGAUACAGGAGGAGAGUCAGAGAGCUUCAGCUGGGUCUGAGAUACAGGAGGGGAGUCAGAGAGCUUCAGCUGGGUCUGAGAUACAGGAGGGGAGUCAGAGAGCUUCCGCUGGGUCUGAGAUACAGGAGGCUUCAUCUGUCUCUGAGGUGCUCUGCAGUCUGCACAGUGAGAAAUUCAAACUCUUCUGUCUGAAGGAUAAACAGCCUAUCUGCUUGGUGUGUCGAGAUUCAAAGGCACAUAAAUCUCAUGACUGUGUCCCUGUAGAUGAGGUUGUCCGGGAUCUUAAGGAGGAACUUCACACUGCCCUGAAGCCCUUACAGAAGAACCUACAGGUCUUUAACGACGUUAAACUAACCUGUGAUAAAACAGCAGAACACAUUAAGAGACAGGCUCAGCACACAGAGAAACAGAUUAACAAGGAGUUUGAGAAGCUUCACCAGUUUCUACGAGAUGAAGAGGCAGCCAGGAUAGCUGCACUGAGGGAGGAAGAGGAGCAGAAGAGUCAGACGAUGAAGAAGAAGAUUGACGAGGUGAGCAGAAAGAUAUCAUCACUUUCACACGCAAUCAGAACCGUAGAGGAGGAGCUGAAAGCUGAAGAUAUCUCGUUCCUGCAGAACUUCAAGACCACAAAGGAAAGAUCCCAGUACUUACUACUGGAUCCACAGCUGGUCUCAGGAGCUCUGAUAGACAAGGCCAAACACCUGGGAAACCUACAGUUCAGAGUCUGGGAGAAGAUGCAGGGGAUCCUCAAAUACACUCCUGUGAUUCUGGACCCCAACACUGCACAUCCCAGUCUCUGUCUGACUGAUGAUCUGACCAGUGUGAGAAGACCAGGCACAUCCCAGCAGAUCGUUAACAACCCAGAGCGAUUUAUGAGGUACACAAAUGUUCUUGGCUCUGAGGGUUUCAGCUCAGGAAUACACAGCUGGGAGCUGGAGGUUGGGGACCAUCCCGACUGGGUGUUGGGCGUGGCUAAAGAGUCCAUCGACAGGAAGCGGGAGCGUGAUGCGACACCGAAGAAUGGAAUGUGGUGUAUAUCCCAGCACAGUGGGAAGUACAUAGGAGGAGGAGGUGACGUCAUCGCUCUGAAGAGGAAGCCCCAGAGGAUCAGAGUGCAGCUGGACAACAGCAGAGGGGAGGUGUCCUUCUACGACCCCAGAUACAUCACACCAAUCUACACUCUCAAAGUCAGAUUUACUGAGAGACUGUUCCCGUACUUUAAUAUUGGACAUGUGGCUAAUGGCAACAACCCUGGGAUUCAGAUCUGCCAAUCAAAAGUGUCUCUGAAAGUGAAGUAAUCCCUGUGCGUGUGAGCGUGUGAGCGUGUGUGUGUGUGUGCACGUGCGAGUUUAACGUGUCAGUUCAGUGGACAUUAUCAGGAGGUCAUUUUGGGGGUUAAUAUAAUACACACAGAAUUUCUAGAAACUACACGACUGAAAUAUGCCUACGGUAUGAUCUUCCCUUUUAAGAAUCA